AUGGCGAUCUCGAUACUUGCACUAAGUGUUGCUGGCGCACUUCUCGUGUACUUCCUACUACGCCCUCGCCUCCAGACCUCCAAGCCCAACAUCAACUUUCCUCCAGGGCCUCCUACUAUACCAUUUCUCGGCAACCUUCACCAAAUACCGUUGACGAAACCAUUUAUCCAGUUCGCAUCAUGGAGCCGCACGUACGGAUCGCACGGCCUGGUCGGCCUGUCACUCGGACCCAGCAACAAAGCCGUCGUCCUCAACACCUGGCAAUCCGUGCGCGAUCUCCUCGACCAGCGCGGGGCCGUCUACUCGUCCCGACCGUACGUGCCUAUCGUGGAGUACGUGCUACCCCCACCCGGUGACAUCCAUCUUGUCUUUUUGCGGUAUGGGCCUAAAUGGAGGAAGGAGAGGAAGACGAUCACGGACUUCCUGAAGGACGAAAAGGUUGACAAGCUCUUGCUGAUACAAGACGCUGAAUCAUCACAAAUGAUGCAUGAGCUGUUGUGUAAGCCUGCUCAUUACCACGACCAUAUUUUGCGGUACUUUGGCGCCAUCAUCAUGUCAAGCGUCUUCGGCACCCGCGGAAAGGAUUUCAGCGAUGAGGGCAAGAUUAAGAAGUUCUUUGAAUGUCAAGCGGAGUGGGCAGGCAUGCUGGAUCAGGGUGCUGUCCCCCCCAUCGAUGUAGUGCCAUUCUUGCGAUACGUGCCGGACUUCCUGACGCCCUGGCAAGGUUGGAAGCUAAGAGCGGCAGACCUCAAGUUGAAGCAGAACGAAUUGUAUCACGACCUGUUCGAGGAAGCUAAAGUACGCAUCAGUCAGGGGAAGGCUGAAGACAGCUUCGUGGCAGGACUCUUGCGAGAUAACGAAAAAGAAGGCUAUAGCGAUCUCGAGUUGGAGUACAUCGCUGGCUUUUUGAUGGAAGGAGGCUCGGACACAACUGCCGGUGCUUUUGAGACAUUUGUAUUGGCAAUGGCUGCGCAUCCGGUUAUCCAGAAAAGAGCUCAAGCAGAGGUCGAUGCAGUAUUUGUCGAGAGUGGUACUCUCAGGUGGCGACCAGGGUUUCCCAUGGCUAUUCCUCACGCAACAACUCGCGACGACGUUUACAAGGGCUACAACAUCCCCGCUGAGACUACAAUUCUCAUGAAUAUCUGGGCCAUCAACCAUGAUUCGGAUGAGUUCGAGGAUCCGGACACUUUCGAACCGGAGCGAUUCAUGAAGAAUCCACUGGGUGUCAAGAGUCGCGAUCAAAAAUCCGAGGCGGCAGAUGAAGAUCAAUCUCGCCGGCCUACUUACAGCUUCGGGGCCGGAAGAAGGAUUUGUGCCGGUCAGCGCAUGGCUGAGAACAGCAUGUUGAUGACCAUGUCCAAGCUCCUUUGGUGCUUUGACAUCGUACCGGGGGAUACGCUGCCGGAUACUUCGAUGCAGACUGCUUUCAAAGACGCGAUCCUGACUGGGCCAAAGGCUUUUGAUGUCAGCUUCAAAGUGCGUGGCGAGGGUCGGCAGAAGCAUCUUGUUGAGGAAUGGGUCAAGGCAGACGCAUGGCUGAAGAGGUUUGAGUAG